AUGAUCUGCCGCCAGUGCCGGUACGGGGUCUGGCCAGCUGAAAUCGAAACCCAUCUAAAGCAGCAGCAUCGGCUCGAUCACACAACCGCGCAGCCUAUCGUUCAGGCGGUACAGGGGUGGACCAACCUGACUGCGGCCAAUAGGAAUGAUCUAAUCCCUCCGGUUCUGGACGAGCCGCUUCCUAUCGUUCCCUGUUAUUCGAAAGGGCUGCUGUGCCGGCGGGAGCCCCAGCCAUGCCAGUUUAUUGCAUCAACAAUCAAGUCCAUGCGCAAGCACUGGCGGACGGUCUAUCAAUGGUCCCAGUACCCCGAGCGGGGCCGCGUCCCGCAGUCGCAGCGAGCUGCGCAGGAGACCGAACUGCAGCGGUCAUACGAGCUCGUGUCAUAUCAGCAGCUGUUUCUAUCGCGAGCCGGCUCGCACUACAUCUAUAUCCGAUUCCCGCACGGCCGCCAGUCGCCGCCGCCGCCCCCCGACCAGGCGCAGCAGGCAGUUGACGCGAUCGUGCAGGCGUGGGAACAGGCGCAAACAGUACACGGCCAGGCCCCGAUCGAGCCGACGGCGAUCUACGACGCGAACCCGUGGCUGCGGGUCACGCGGUGGACCGAAUACCUAACCGAGAUCCCGCCGGCCGACUUGCUGCGUAGUGUCGAGACGCCCGAUCCUGAUACAGCAGACCCCAUCGAGCAGGGAAUCCAGAUCCUGUUUUACACAAUCGACCAGUUGGCGCGGAAGAGCCAGUGGACGGUCCAGCGGUACGGACAGGCAAUCCGCAUAAAGGCCGUACGCACGCAGGCGGGCGAGCUACCAUACCAGCCGCUGAUCGCGUAUAUGGACGAAAACAGCAUCCAGAAACACGUGCAGCCGUGGCAGCAAAUAGUCGGGUUCUUCGCGCGCAUCCAGCAGCCGCACGACUGGGUGAGCCCCGUGUAUCAGUUUACCGCACGACAGCAGCAAAAAUGGGCGCGACUGUGGCAACUGGUCCAGUACCCGGAGCCGCAGCCGGAGCUGCAGGCGGUCGACAAGGCGCUGCAACCGUGGCUGCUAGAACGGCGCGAACAGGCCUGCUUAGAGUUCUGCGUUGAGCUGCUAAAUCAGUGCCACUGCACGCACGAAUACGAAAGCGCACUAGUGUGUGCCAUGGCAGUCCUAGGUCGUGGGAUCGAUGGCUGGCGCGACCCGGAAAGCUACCCGCCGAUCCUAUCGCGGGUGAUCAAGAUCGCGCGGUUUUUCGUUAUAGAAAAGGCGUUGUGGCUCGACCCCGCGGCCAUGCAGAUCGUUGAAAUGUGGGAAAAGAAGCAAACAGAUAUCCCGUGGGCGUUACAGAGCGCAGACGACGAGCUCGAGGACUUAGAUGAAGGAUACGCUAGCGGGUCGACCGCGGGCAAUCCCGUUUCCAGUAGCCCCAUGAGCUUAUCGAGCAGGAGGAUCGACGGUCCUCGUACCCCGGCCGGCCGGCGGCCCGCAGUAAUUCCAUCGAUCGAUCGCUCGAGCGAGGCCCCGUCCAGCGAAGGUUUUGGUACUCCCGUUUAUCCAGUACGGAGUAGUCCCAUCAGUCUAAACCAGGAUCGUAGCCGGUUGGCCGGCCGCACGUUCCAGGACCAGCUGGCGCGGAUGGUAGGGCGGUUCAUGGUGCGCGGCAGCCACGGCCCCAUGCAGACCUUGCUGGACUGGCGGACCUACGGGCUCCGGGUCCAUUAUAACUGCAGUACCCCCGGUCAUGUCACGUGGCAGGGAACCGACGAGCUGCUGUACCAGCAGCUCCGCUUUACCAUGGGCGAUUUCCGCGGCUUCGUCCACGGGCUGGUCGGGGUGACGCGGGGGCUGCUGGACCAGCUGCUGUUCUCUUCGGCCGACCAGUUGGCACCCGCGAUCCCAUGGGGCCGGCUAUAUGAUAAUCCUAUCGAAGGGAAGGCCGGCUGGAGCUUUUUGCAGGAUAGUCGGACCGUGUGGCCCGUUGAAGGCAAACGAUGGUUGAUCGACCGGGUGCGGGCCGAGCCGGCGCUGCAGGCGCAGUUUAUUCGGACCCACCGCUGUUACCCCCCCAAGAUCCGCGCGUAUUUCCAGCAGGUUGUUAAAUUCAAGGAGCAACUCGCCAUACUGAUCUAUAUCAGUGGCGGGCAGCCCGCUCGGGCCCCCGAGCUGCUGAGCAUCCAGCACGUGAACACCGAGACGAACGUGCGGCGGAAUAUCUACAUCGAUGACGGGCUAGUUACGCUGGUCACGGCGUACCACAAGGGAUUCCAUGUCAGUAACGACGUAAAGAUUAUCCACCGGUACCUGCCGCGGGAGGUAGGCGAGCUGAUUAUAUAUUACCUGUGGCUGGUGCAGCCGUUUGUCGAACAGCUUGACACGUGGCUCGAAAAACAGUCCCCGGCGCCACGCGACCCCCUGUCCCAACACCAGCGUGCGCUAUUGUGGGGGCCUGACCCAGGGACGCGCCGCAUGUGGUCAUCGGACCGGUUCCGCGACGUACUGAAACGGGAGACCGAGCGACGGCUUGGGCAGGCCAUCCACGCAGCCGCAUACCGGAAUAUCGCCAUUGGGAUCAGCCGGCGGUUCCUGCGCGCAGGCAGCCAGUUUCUCCAGAGCCAAAACGACCAGCGCGAGGGCGAGCGCGCUGCAACCGACCCCGACAAUGAAGCCGCGAUAGACGAGGCGCAGUGGCUCGGCCACAUUGCUGACCUGCAGGCAGCCCAUUCGUCGCACGUCGCCGGUAUGAUUUACGGCCGGGGACUGAUGGAGCAGGCCGGCACUACCGCGCACCGGCAGGAGAUAUUCCGCUUAUCCAGUACGGACUGGCACCGCUUUUUAGGGUUUGCAUCGGCCCAGUUUGAGCCCCCGUCGGCACUGGGAAAACGUAAACGGGCGCCGUGGGAGGACGCAGCCGCGGAGCAACAGAUCUGGCGGCGGCAACGGCUGCAGCAGGCAAACAUGACGCAGACCGCACGGCAGAUGAUCCAGCGGACCGAGCUCGAGCUACGGGGGGUCCAGGCACCGGCGCUCCGGGCCAUUCAGGACGGCGAGAGCCCCGUGAUCGCAGUAAUGCCUACCGGCGGCGAAAAAAGUAUGCUAUUCAUGUUACCGGCUUAUAUCGAGCCCGGGGGUACAACCGUGGUCGUGGUCCCACUGAUUGCGUUACGGCAGGACUUUCAGCGGCGGUGCCAGCAGCUGAACAUCUCAUGUGCGGUAUGGGAGAGCCGACGGCCGCCGGAUGAAGCGUCACUUGUGCUGGUUACGCCCGAAUCCGCGAUUACCCCGGAUUUCCAUUCGUUUUUGAACCGGCUGCGGAUGGUCCGUCGGUUAGACCGAAUCGUUAUUGACGAGUGUCACGUUAUCUUGCAGGGAUCGGCUGACUUCCGGCCGGCAAUGCAGCAGCUCGGCGAGCUAAUUUACGCGCGUACUCAGCUCGUAUUGCUGACUGCUACCUUACCCCCGACGGUAGAGCACACAUUAUUCGAGCAGAUCGGUCACACACGGGAAGAGAUCCGGCUAUUCCGCGCGCGGACCACCCGAUCGAAUAUCCGAUAUAUGGUAUGGCGGCCCGUGAUCCCUCCUGAGCUAAGCCGCGGCCCCCACGCGUGGAUCGAGAGCGAUAUCGUCCGAGCCGGGAUUGCAUGGCUGGUCCAGCAGCAGCAGGUUGAUCAAGGGAAAACCGUGAUAUACGCCAAUACCGUUGGCCAGGUCGCUACCAUAGCCCGGCAGGUCGGGUGUGAGGCGUAUACCAGCCAGGCCGUUGACCGGCCCGGGGUACUGAAACGGUUCAUUAAUGGCUGCAGUCCGAUUAUCGCAGCCACUAGCGCGCUAGGGAUGGGGGUCGAUAUUCCGGAUAUCCGGUUGAUUAUCCAUGUCGGCAUGCCGCGAACGUUACUCGAUUACGCGCAGGAGAGUGGCCGGGCAGGUCGAGACGGGCAGACCAGUAUCGCUGUAAUUAUCCAGCCCGCCGAGUGGGAUCAACCCGCGGCGUACCUGGCCGAUACGCCUGCCCACGAGAUUGAGCGGGUGCAGAAAUAUAUUACAGCCCCGUGUCGACGGCAGGUUUUAGAUAUAUAUCUAGAUGGGUACCAGCGGGAAAGAUGUGAAGCAGACGAGACAUUAUGCGAUCAGUACUGUCCCAUCAAUAUAGAGCAUGCUAUACAGACCCGAGCAGAAAGCGAAAAAGCUAGUCAAGAAGCCGAUCAGGGAGCGGUUAGGCAGGCGAGCCAUAGAAUUGGUACCGCAGCCGGCCGUCCAGCAGACUAUUCAGCAGAUCAUUCGGCAAGCCAUCCCGCAGGCCAUCGGAUCAGCCCGAUCGAUGAUUCCACUGACCCCCCAUCCCCCCGUCCAUCCCGAUCCCGCAGCGAAUCGUUCACAUCCCAGGUCAGCCAGCCCCAUCGGCCAUGGCCGCCCCCGCUGGAGAUGCCCCCGUCCCCCCGGGAACCCCCCCAGUGGGCGCGGGCCGAUAUCCAGGCGCGGCAGCGAGCGAUACGGGCACAGCUUACCGAAGAGGCGAUUAUCGAGGAAUGCCCGCGGUGGCAGGAUCACUGUUAUAUCUGUACGCUGCAGGGCCGGGACGGAGCCAGCCACGAUCUGUACAGCUGCCGCGCUGCCGACAGCCAGGCGGCCAAGCAGUGGAUGAUCCAGGUGCGGCAGCAGAUCCAGUACGCCCGAUACAGCGCGUGUUUCCAAUGCGGGAUGCCCCAGACCGUGUGCCCGGGGUGGGAGAACCGCUCGCUGUGUACGUACCGCGGGAUUUUGAUUCCCAUGGUAGCGAGCAUGGUAUUGGGUCCCCAGGGAGAGGUUAUCCAGGGCUUAUGGCAGCAACGAUUGCAGCAGGCCGGGGUGAAUCCCCAGGAUGAAGCCGCCGUCAUUACAUUUUUGGGGCAGACGGGGCAGCCCCGGCACAGCCAGUUAUUUGAUAUAUAUUGCUGGCUGCGGGAGAUAUAUCGGGAGAUCGAGGAUCGGUAG